GUCAGCUGACACCAUUGAAUUGUAAACUGAGCGGCAUAUGUACGAGUUUAUGUGCAUUCAUACGUGUCUCCUUUAUUAAUAUUCAAAUAUGACAUCAAAAUCGUUUGAACGAAACGAAAUUUUGUUUCUAUUUGAUGUGGAUGGUACGUUAACUUUUCCUCGCUCGACAGUACAACCGGAAUUCGAAGAGUUUUUUUAUACCAAGGUAAAACCACGUGUGACAGUGGGAAUUGUCGGUGGAUCCGAUCUAGAGAAGAUGUUUGAGCAGCUUAAUGGCAAAAGGAUAUUACAGGAGUUUGACUUUAUUUUUCCUGAAAACGGCCUCGUUCAAAUUGAAGCAGGCAAAGAAGUUGGUAAACAAAACAUUAUACAGCAUUUGGGAGAACAGACAUUGCAACGAUUUAUAAAUUAUGUGCUUCGUUACUUAUCUGAGCUAGAGUUACCCAUUAAACGGGGUACGUUUAUCGAGUUUCGUAAUGGUAUGAUGAAUAUUUGUCCGAUUGGUCGUCAAUGUAGCAGGGAAGAGCGGAAUAUGUUUGCCACAUAUGAUGCUGAACACAAAAUUCGAGAGAAAAUGAUUACAGAACUUAAAGAGGUUUUUGCUGAUGUUGAUCUAACGUAUAGCAUCGGUGGACAAAUAAGUUUCGAUGUGUUCCCACAUGGCUGGGAUAAGACUUAUUGUCUGCGGUAUGUUGAAGCACACUAUAAAUUUAAAGAAAUUCAUUUUUUCGGCGAUAAAACUGAUCCUGGCGGUAAUGAUUAUGAAAUCUACACGGAUCCACGAGUUAUUAGUCAUAAAGUAAAUACGCCAAAUGAUACCAAACGUAUACUGCGUGAGAUUUUAAAUCUUUAAUGAUCAGUGCUUUGGGAGAUGAAGGAAACUUUUCAUUUAUGCUUAUAUAAGUAUGUUAGUUUGAAAAUAUAUUUUCCUGUCAUUACUAUGAUUA